AGUAAGGUUGAUAUUAAAAGAGGGACAUUGGUGGUUCCUUUAUUAUGGCCUAAUACCCCGAUGAUGGCUUCCUCCUACAGCUUCACCUCAACCCUCGAUCGAUCAAGCAAGAAAUCAACAAUAAACAACACAAAAGCUUGUGAUUGUGGGUCCCAUACACGUAUUGUAGCAUCAACAACAUCAAAGAAUCCAAGGAGACAUUUCAUGGGUAAAUGCAAAUAUUGGAAGUGGUUGGAUGUAGAACCUGCACAGAUCCCUGUAACCAAUGUGGUGGAGGGAAUGAAAGUUGAUUUGGUAGCAUUGAAGACGGAAUUAGAGAAGGUGAAAGAAGGCAUGGAACAAAUAAAUAAGGCAAAGUACUCUGAUGCCAAUGCAAUGAAGGACAAAUUAUAUAAGUUUUUCAUAGGAUUUCUUUUUUUGAUCGUAAUGUAUAUGAUGAAAUGA